GGCUUCACUCUUAGCUAUAAAACAAGAUUAAUGGUACCUCCUUCAUCAGUUGUCCUUAGGCUUAAAUGAGAUGAUCCAGGAAAGCACUUAGCAUGGCACCUGGCAGGUAAAGUGCUCAAUAAACUGGUGCACUUAUUAUCUUUGCCUUCAGUUCUCUCACCACCCCAUUGAUUUAGUCCAUCAUCCCAAAUUGGGAGGCUUAGAGUCCGUAUCUAGUUGGGAAAUUUAGGACCCAGUAAUCCUAGAGUCUGCUCUGGACCCUUAAGAAAAGAAGCUGUCUUAGGAGGAGUGGUUAUUUCCUGAGUGAGGAUAGGAUUGGAAGUGGUGUAAGAACACUUUAGUCCCAGUUUUUCUCUCUGCUCCCGGUUUUACUUUAUAACUGCCUGCCUUUUGGCCUUAUGCCACUGUUUUCUUCCUAUCCUGCUGCUUGUGCAUUUAUUUAAUGACUAUUUAUUGAGUACCUACUCUGUGCCAAGCCCUACUGGGAUCUGCUGGAUUCGGGGGUGAGCUAGAUAACAUGGUCCCUGGCCUCAAUGAACUUUUUGGACUUUGAAGUCAGAUAUAGGUGGGUUUGAAUGCUGAUUCUCCUACAUACUAGCUUGAUGACCAGGAGCAAGUCACUUAACCUCUCUGAGUCUAUUUCCUCAUCUGUAAAGUGAAGGUACUGUCUUGUAAGGAUUUAAUGAGAUGAGGUCCAUUGAGCAAUGGACCAAGUGCUUGAAAAAAUGUUCCUUCUCUUGCUUCUUUGCCCUGUUUGUAUCUGUUUACCCCAGAGUUGACUAGGAAGGUUUCUGGGUCUUGGCCAGAGGAUUUCUCACAGCCUCCAAUCAUGCGUCUCUCUGCCCUGCUGGCCUGGGCAUCCAAAGUCACUCUGCCCCCUAACUACCGCUAUGGGAUGAGCCGUCCAGGCUCCCUCUCAGACAAGAGGAAGAACCCUCCAGGGACCAGGCGGCGCCGGGUGGCUGUGGAACCCAUCUCUGAUGAAGACUGGCAUCUGUUCUGUGGGGACAGGGUGGAGGUCCUAGAAGGCAAGGAUGCCGGGAAGCAAGGCAAAGUGGUUCAAGUUAUCCGGCAGCGAAACUGGGUGGUCCUGGAGGGGCUGAAUACACAUUACCGCUAUGUUGGCAAGACCAAGGAUUACCGGGGAACCAUGGUCCCUAGCGAAGCACCCUUGCUCCACCACCAGGUUAAACUUGUGGAUCCUGUGGAUAGGAAACCCACUGAGGUGGAGUGGAGAUUCACUGAGGCAGGAGAGCGGGUACGAGUCUCCACAAGAUCAGGAAGAAUUAUCCCCAAACCUGAAUUUCCCAGAGCUGAUGGCAUCAUUCCUGAAACAUGGAUUGAUGGCCCCAAAGACACAUCAGUGGAAGAUGCUCUAGAAAGAACCUAUGUGCCCCGUCUAAAGACACUGGAGGAGGAGGUGAUGGAGGCAAUGGGGAUCCAGGAGACUCGGAGACACAAGAAAGUCUAUUGGUAUUGAACCUGGGGAGAGCAGCUUCUUCUCUCCUUGUCUUAGCCUUGAAACCUGCAGCCACCUCUUCUUCAGACAUCAAUAAAGAGCCACAAGUUGUCCUCUG